GGUUGUGCUACUUCCUUUCACGUUGUAACCACUUUAUUAACUGUGCUUGCACAUCUACACGAGAGGCCCUGUGUAGGACUGCGUUUCCCGUCAUGCACCGCGCCCUCCCCUGACCCUGUGACUGAAAAUAAUCUGAUCAGCUGAUCUGACCUGGCAACAAAAUAACGCAGCUAGAGAAAUCUGCUGGGGAGGGGGGGGGGUCCGAAGAACAAAACAAUGACACCGCUCGGAAGGAUUUAAAUGCAGUAACACUUUUCAAAGACUUUUAAAUGGAAUAGCGCGGAUUUCACUCCCGUUUCAAAGUAAAAGAGUCCGCUGAUAUCCGAGCUCCUGACAUCGACUGGUUGUUGUAUUUUUGUUAUGUUGUCACAGCGCAGUUGACUUGCGGCUAGCUGAUUGUUUUCUACGUACAUGAAGUGUCGGAGCUCGCUGGCCCGAUAAUUACAUUCGUUUCGUUUAGUCAACACUGUCCAUCGAAACCAGCUGGUCGUAAACUAAGUGUUGUCCCAGUGAUCCAGCCGAGCUAUUGUGGGUCCGUUUGCUAGCUAGCCUGUUUGUUAGCAUCAACAAUUGCACAUUCAUUCUUCAGGGAGAGAGUUCAUUGUCUCGGUCAGUACUGUACAACGUGUCACACUACCUUUUUUUAAAAAUGUUUUUAUUUAAAGUUGUGUAGGCUAUCCUUAGAUUUUUAACGUAUUUGAUGCUAAGCUAAAUGCUACCUUUGGCUCCGAGCUAAAAACAUAUCUGGUGUAACUCAAGGAGUCAGCUGCUCCUGGCUCAUUGCCUCACCGUUUGUUGCACUAAAUAACAUUAUUAAUAACGUUAUUAAUUCCAUUGUGAGUGUUUGAAAUCCAUGCUGCAGAAACCAGUUUGAUUAAUAGUAUUAUUGUUGAUUGUUGUUAUUUGUUAGUCAGUGGAUCAGCUGUGACCAUGCAAUAGGUUGAUCUUAUUGUUGUUGUAUGCUGUACAAUUUGCAUUGACUGGAAUUAGAAAUAGCUGGUGCUGUCGUAAAGGCUGUUUAGAGUAAGGACUGCUCUGUGUUCAAGUUUUCCGCGUAAGAGACAAUGAGUGGUCAUGGCUCGUCUUCAGAAAAGGGAGUCAAUACCAGCCUAGUAUGUCAGGAGAGUUAUGCCUGCGGGGGCUCUGAGGAGGCUGCGUUUGAGUGUGCCGAAUGCAAAAGGUUGCAGUGUGUCCGCUGUGAGCUCGAGCUGCACAGUCAGGAGCGUCUGAGGCACCACGCGCGGGUUCAAAUAGGACCCGGACAUGUCCCUUACUGUGACAGCUGCAAAGGAGGCAACGGAGACGGCAGCAAACGCCACAGGUCGGCGGUUCGCUGCCCGAACUGCAAGGUCAACCUGUGCCAAGACUGCCAGAAACGCACCCACAGUGGAGGAAACAAGAAGAAACACCAGCUCAUAUCUUACCCCCCGCCACCCAAAGCGGCCGAGGUCAACUCUGCCCAGGCGUCUGCUGCGCCUGCCGCUGCCGCCCCGCCUGCCGCUGCCGCCCCGCCCGCCGCUGCCGCCCCGCCAGCUGCCGCCCCGCCCGCCGCACAAGUACCCGAUGGCACCAAAUCUCAUAGUGCGAAACUCCUGGAGAAGAUUUCCAGUUUCCUCUUGGUCGAUGAGAACGAGGAAAUGCAGAUAAAAGAGGAAGCCGCGUUUGUAAAGAGCCUCGGCUGUAGCCCCGACCAGCUGCUGAAGGUGGUGUCCAUCUUCGGCAACACGGGAGAAGGCAAAUCUCACACCCUGAACCACGCCUUCUUCAUGGGCCGAGAGGUAUUCAAAACGUCCCCCGCUCAGGAGUCCUGCACGGUGGGUGUGUGGGCGGCGCUCGACCCCUUCCGUAAAGUGGUGGUCAUCGACACGGAGGGGCUGCUCGGGAACAGCUCCAAACAGGGCCAGAGGACCCGCCUCCUGCUCAAGGUCCUCGCCAUCUCCGACCUCAUCAUCUACCGCACCCACGCCGACCGGCUGCACGACGACCUCUUCAAGUUCCUCGGGGACGCCUCGGACGCCUACCUGAAGCACUUCACCAAGGAGCUGAAAGCCACGACGGCUCGCUGCGGGCUGGACGUCCCUCUGUCCACGCUGGGCCCCGCCGUGGUCAUCUUCCACGAAACCGUCCACACUAAGCUGCUCGGUUCAGAAAAGUCCUCCGACUCCGUGGACCGGCUGCUGUCGGAGCGCUUCAAGAAGCUUUCCCGUUUCCCGGAGGCCUUCAGCUCCGUUCAGUACUGGGGCACGCAGACCCUCACCCCCCCGACCGACUUCCGCGGCCUGCAGAAUAAGCUGGAGCAGCUCCUGGACAACAACGCCACCCGUUCCCCGCGCACCCCGGUGGUCGUCUUCAAAGCCCUGCAGGCCCUGAGUGAGCGCUUCAAUGGAGAAAUCACGGGCGAGCUCGUGGCUCACAGCUGCUUCUUUCCCGACGAGUACUUCACCUGCUCCUGUCUCUGCCUCAGCUGUGGAUCUGGCUGCAAGAACAGCAUGAACCACUUGGAAGAAGGCGUGUGCCACGAGGCAAAGCGCCGUUGCCGUUAUUCUCUCCAGUACGACAAUCGCAUUUACACCUGUAAAGCCUGCUAUGAAGGGGGUAAGGAAGUGCUGGUUGUCCCCAAGACCUCCGCCUCCUCCGACUCUCCGUGGCUGGGCCUCGCCAAGUACGCCUGGUCCGGGUACGUCAUCGAGUGCCCCAACUGCGGGGUGAUCUACCGGAGCCGGCAGUACUGGUACGGGAACCAGGACCCCGUGGACACGGUCGUCCGCACUGAGAUCCAGCACCUGUGGCCCGGGUCGCAGGGCUUCUUGAAGGACAACGGCAACGCGGCUCAGCGCCUCCUGGACGGAGUCAACCUGGUGGCCCAGUCCGUGUCGGAGCUCGGCGUCAAGCCCGCCAAGGCCGUCACCUCCUGGCUGACGGACCAGAUCGCCCCCGCCUACUGGAAACCCAACUCCCUCAUCUCGGUGUGCCAUAAGUGUCACACAGUCUUCCAGGACAACGACACCAAGCAUCACUGCCGCGCCUGCGGCGAGGGCUUCUGCGACCGCUGCUCCUCCAGAGCCGCGCCCGUCCCCGAGCGGGGCUGGGGCCUCGCCCCCGUGCGGGUCUGCGACGGCUGCUUCGAGCAGAGAGCGUCGCACGCCGAGCCGCUGGAGGAGGAGCCAGAGGAGGAGGAGGGUGGGACCCUGGCCAGGAAGGUCGGGGAGGCCGUCACCAACACUUUCGGGGUCGUGGUCACCGCGAUUGACAUCCCACUUGGCCUAGUGAAAGAUGCCGCUCGUCCCGCCUACUGGGUUCCCGACCAGGACAUCCUGUCCUGCCACAACUGCCAGCGCGAGUUCACUGCCAAGCUGUCCAAGCACCACUGCCGCGCCUGCGGCCAGGGAGUGUGCGACGACUGCUCCCCGGAGCGCCGCGCGGUCCCGUCUCGGGGCUGGGACCACCCCGUGCGCGUCUGCACCGGCUGCAACCAGAAGCCCGGGGACCUUUAACAGGGAAGGGCCCUUCCUUCCUCGGAGCAUCGGAGAGAACCGACCCCGGCCCGACCCACUCGGCCUGCAGCCGAGUUCUGUGGUGAAGGGAGCGUUCAGGCAAACCGAUAGCAUGCUUAGCAGAGCUCCCGUGGCCUUUCGUAGAACAGCCGGAACUUGUGAGUUACUUGACUGAGUGGGAAGCCACGCAGUUCCACUCUGAUCCAUUCGGAGUGGACAUUUGGAUUCCUUAUUCUAAUUUUCCGUUAAAUAAAGCUGUCGAGCUUAUUUUUCUACCAUGAGAAAAUAUAUAUAUAUAUAAAAAAAAAUGUAUCAUUUAAAAAGUAUUAGUUAGUUGAGAACCCUGUUGGGUUGGUGUUAUUAGUUGUUUCUCUGAUGUCGCACGUGUAAUGGCGAGGAGAUAUUUUAUACCCGUGCAGGUGUAUCUGCAGGUUCCAUUGCAUGCUGUAUUGCAACAUUAUAGUUUUUGCACUAAGCCUUUUUCAGCUGUUAUAGGCUGUUGCUCACCGUGGCCAAAAUCCAGAGAUUCGGACGAUCGACCAGUCCGCCUCUAGCCGAGCUGAAAAUCUGCCACAUUGGGACUAGAUUGUGGAGAUCUGGUGUGCCAAAUAUCAUUCAGGUCACUAUGGCUGUGCUGGUAUAAUGUUUAGAUUGUAUCAUGUAAUGUUGUGGAUGUAUGAAAACACAGAACUAUGUUAAGGAGUGUAAAUUUGAAACGCUAAUAUGUAUUGAAGAUGUUAAAACACCACUCUGGCAUCUCUGAGAGAACCUCGCUGUCUCCAUGUUACACCAUCCAUGUCUUUCAUGCUCAAAUUUGAUUUCUUGACACCUUGAUUUUCAUUGUUUUUUUCUAGAUAUUUAAAUUAGUUUCUUGUGUGUUUAUUGGUUUGCAGAAAGGGGGAAAAGAUACAGAUUUGUAUUUCAAACCGGCUUUACAUGUUACACGCCUCUAGGCACAGACUAACAGGAGGACAUAUGUUAGUCGCGUUCUAGCUCUUCGCAGCUUGUUUUUCUGUUACUUCACCUCCGUUAUUGACAAUGUAUGUGUUUUGUUUUCUGGUUUUCAUGUGACAUUAAUUAAUGUACGGAUAUUUAUAUCUUUGUAGCGACUGAAUGCAAACCACUCUUUCUCGCCUUUAUAGUUUUUGUCCAUUUCUCUUUGAGGAUUAAUUACACAGAAAAAAAAAUGGCACUCGGUUGGAGUAAUUAAAUGAUUUUAGUGACAAAGCUUUACAUGUGGAUAUCAUACAAAGCACAAGGUGAUGCCUUUAACACAUGCUUGUAUUUGGGUGUUAAAAUUAGAAAGAAAAGGGGUCUUUGUCAAUUGUAAGCUUUGUAGAUGAAGUGAAAUCUCCCUUUGCUCCUGGCUUUGACAUUUUUGGUUUUGAUGUCUGAUAAAAAAAAUGUUUUGUCUGCCUUUUCUGAAAAUAGAUUUAUCUUUCUGAAUGUUGCAUCUCUCACUCACACACACGCAAAAAAAAGAACAUUUGUUGUUUCAGACAUCCACUUUAUCUUGUAAAGUCCAGUUCUUUUUUUUUUCCUGAUCAUGUUGGAUGCGCUCAUCAAGUUGGAAACAUUGAUACAAUAUAAAUAAUGAUGUGUGAUGGAAGAUUUGCCUAAGAUUAAAGUUGUAUCAGCUCCCAUUAGUCAUAAAAGAAUCUGCUGUUGCCUCUUUGUCUUGUGUGUGUGUGUGUGUUUAAAAAUGUCUGUGUUGAACCACUUACUGUGCUCUAUGUGGGAGGAAUAGACCGUGUGCACAAGUAUGUAUUGUGAGCCUCGCUUCCAAACUCCUUUCCAACACUGCCGCCUCACAUCAAGUGAGGGCAAAAGUACUUGCUUGGUGCUUAUUGAUGACGAUAAAUGAUUCAGAAUUAUUUUAAUAAAUAAUUGAACAGAA